UGGAUAGAUAGCGAAAGAAAGAAAGAAGGUGAGAUCAUCAGCGGACGUCCGACAGCAGUGCUGACUGUGACGCUCCUGCCAGGAUAAAUACCAGUCCAGCAGAACACCAGCCAACAAGACAACCACCUGCAGCUCCUCAAACAGUAGAGUACCAUCAGACCUCCAGGUUGCACCUUUCAACCUGAACCUCCUGCAGAGCCUGAGGAUCCUACAGACACAGUGUGCAAUAGUCACAAAACAUCCAGAACCGAAUAAGAACCCAAAAGGACAACGAAGAAGCAAAAGAAUCCAAACUGUCAGCAUGUUUUCAACGUCAGACUGCUCCAAAGUGACGGUUGCCUGCAUGGUGGCAAUGAUGAUGAUGAUGAUGAUGAUGACGGAGGCAGCAGCCAUGCCGAAAGGAGGUGGUUCAUCAAAGCACUCAGCAAAGCACACAGGACACAGGAAGCCCUCUGAUGGUGCAGCGGUAGAAACAGUCCCCCUGCAGCUUGACCCCAAUGCUUUGGUUCCCACCAAAAACCUCAGGCCCCUGGAGAACUCCUCCAUCUCCCCGUGGACAUACAACAUCUCCCACGAUGAAUCUCUGUUCCCUCCAAUGCUGUCAGAGGCUCGUUGUUUGCUGAACGGCUGUCUCGACUCAGAGGGCAGAGAGGACCCGAACCUGGAGUCCAGACCCAUCAUGCACCAGGUGCUGCUGCUGCGCCGUGUCCGGUCGGUGGGCUCAGGGGUGGGGAACAGCUACCACUACCGACUGGAGUCCCGCCUCAUUGCCGUGGGCUGCACCUGCGUCAGACCCAUCGUCCAACAACAACAAUGAAGACCAGCAGAGGCCAGACCAGCUACUGGGUUAGUCUGAUGCAAACAGCAUCAGACCAGGACUGCCAAAACAAAAAUUUAGAAAAGAAAAAUACACAAUAUACAAAUACAUAUAGACAGACUUCUGUCAUAUUAUAAAUAUGUACUAUUAACAUUAUUAUAUUAAGCUAAUUUAUAAAGCACAACAACAAGUUACAAAGUGCUUCUCUAAUAGACCAAUAAAUCAAAAAAGAUGAAACAGAGCAAUUUUUUUAUUAUUAAAGUAAACACCAACGUUGCUGCAAUGGAUUUAUUUUGGCAGAGAGAGAUCCAUAAUGGGAAGAAAUCUGACUAAAGGAAAAGCAAGAUGUAGAUUUGGGAGUCGUCUGCAUAGAAUCAAAUAUCAUGCUUUGAAAUCCUGAACCGAAAAUGUAAAAUGUGUCUGGAGAAUAAUAGGACCAAAUUCAUUUCCCUCAUUACUGUGAUUGUAAGUCACAAUUGUUUGUUAGUCCAGAACUUCAGAGUUAAGACAUCACACUGGCCAGUAACUCCAGCUUUUCAUAUUUAAUUUGAUUGGAUGUGAGGUGAAGGUCUUCCUCAGUGAGUUUGAAUAUUUAUUUAUGUCACUUACAUGCUGCUCUGUGAUCCGCUGGAUGUCAGAUUCAAUUAUUUGAUUUAAUUUUUCCUUUAAAUGUUUUGCAUUUUCUUGAAUUUCUGUGUUUACAUUUGUCUCUAACUACACAGUGGAGCUAAAGUUAAAAAAGCAAAAAGAUUAUUAUGGAUGUGUUUCAUAUAUUAUGUUCUAUUUAUGGUUUUAGUUUAUUUAAAUUACAUUUUAUUUAAGUGUGUUGAUCUUCAGUAGGUAUUUAUUGGUUAUUUUAU